GCUGGGGCUGGGGCGGGGCCGCAGCACUGCGGUGAAAGCCGAGGCAGCGGGCAGGCGAGCAGGGGGGCGGGCGGACAUCUUGGGAUCCGGAGAGUGGCUGGGCCGGCCGAGCGGGGGGCCGCAGACGCCAGGUCAGUUCUCAGAGCGAUGGGCCGAGGAGACUGAGCUGCCGCCAUGAUUGGAGGCUUAUUCAUCUAUAAUCACAAGGGGGAGGUGCUCAUCUCCCGGGUCUACCGAGAUGACAUCGGCAAUAGGAGAAAUGCAGUGGAUGCCUUUCGAGUCAAUGUUAUCCAUGCACGGCAGCAGGUACGCAGCCCUGUCACCAACAUCGCUCGCACCAGCUUCUUCCAUGUUAAGCGGUCCAACAUCUGGCUGGCAGCUGUCACCAAGCAAAAUGUCAAUGCUGCCAUGGUCUUCGAAUUCCUCUAUAAGAUGUGUGACGUAAUGGCCGCUUACUUUGGCAAGAUCAGUGAGGAAAACAUCAAGAACAAUUUUGUGCUCAUAUAUGAGCUGCUGGAUGAGAUUCUGGACUUUGGCUACCCACAGAACUCAGAGACAGGCGCACUGAAAACCUUCAUCACACAGCAGGGCAUCAAGAGUCAGCAUCAGACAAAAGAAGAGCAGUCCCAGAUCACCAGCCAGGUGACUGGGCAGAUCGGCUGGCGGCGGGAGGGCAUCAAGUAUCGCCGGAAUGAACUCUUCCUGGAUGUUCUAGAGAGUGUGAACCUGCUCAUGUCUCCACAGGGGCAGGUGCUGAGUGCCCAUGUAUCAGGCCGGGUGGUAAUGAAGAGCUACCUGAGUGGCAUGCCUGAAUGCAAGUUUGGGAUGAAUGACAAGAUUGUCAUUGAAAAACAGGGCAAAGGCACAGCCGAUGAAACAAGCAAGAGCGGAAAGCAAUCAAUUGCCAUUGAUGACUGUACCUUCCACCAGUGUGUGCGACUCAGCAAGUUUGACUCUGAACGCAGCAUCAGCUUCAUUCCACCAGAUGGAGAAUUUGAGCUUAUGAGGUAUCGCACCACCAAGGACAUCAUCCUUCCUUUCCGGGUGAUCCCCCUUGUGCGGGAAGUAGGACGCACAAAAUUGGAGGUCAAGGUGGUCAUCAAGUCCAACUUUAAGCCGUCACUGCUGGCCCAGAAGAUUGAGGUGAGGAUUCCAACCCCCCUGAACACGAGUGGGGUGCAGGUGAUCUGCAUGAAGGGGAAGGCCAAGUACAAGGCCAGUGAGAACGCCAUUGUGUGGAAGAUCAAGCGCAUGGCAGGCAUGAAGGAAUCGCAGAUCAGUGCAGAGAUUGAGCUUCUGCCCACCAACGACAAGAAGAAAUGGGCUCGACCCCCUAUUUCCAUGAACUUUGAGGUGCCAUUUGCGCCCUCUGGCCUCAAGGUGCGCUACUUGAAGGUGUUUGAACCGAAGCUGAACUACAGCGACCAUGAUGUCAUCAAAUGGGUGCGGUACAUUGGCCGCAGCGGCAUUUAUGAAACCCGCUGCUAGCUGUCCAGUGGCAGCUAGCCCACCUUCCUACCCACCCUCUUCUGCAGGUCCAGGCGCCCCCAGCCACCACACAUCAGUGUCUCCUCCCUUCUGCUUUGCUGCCUUCCCUUUGCACCAGCCCCUGAGUCUAGGUCUGAACCAACUGCAUCGCAAGUGGGACUGGUGGAGCAGUCCCUGGGCUCCCUGGGCAGGGUGGUUUCUGGGACUCCUGCUCUUCCUAAUUCAUCUGUGUAUCCUGGCCUAGUGCCAGGCUGAGUUCUGUGACCAAAGCCAGGUGGGUCCCCUUCCUCCCCACCCCCGUGGCCACACCUCUGGAGUGGGAGGGUUGGCUGCCCCUCACCUCAGAGCUCCCCCAAAGGCCAGUAACGGAUCCCUAAUCCUCAAUCCCUGUUCUGCUUUGGGAUAGUGUGAGCUUCAUUUUGUACAAGUGUGACUUCGUCCAGUUAUAAACCCAAUAAACUCUGUAGAGCGGAGUUGUUGGCUAAGUGUUGAUGUGGAAGCUACAGGGGGAGGGAAACUAGUAGGACUUCCCACAUAUUUUUUUUUUAAUAUUUUUUAGUUGUAGGUGGAGUCAAUAACCUUUUUAUUUUAUUUUUAUGUGGUGCCAAGGAUCAAACCUAGUGUCUCAAGCAUGCUAGGCAAUUGCUCUACCACUGAGCCACAACCCCAGCCCCACAUUUUCUUAUUCUGCCUGUUUUGAGUAGAAUUUUCUAUUCUGAAUACUCUCAAGGUUCUUUCCUUGUUACAAUUAUGAGUCCCCUGCAGGCCUUCCAACCCCUUAUCUUAUUUGGUGUUGGUCCAUGUCUCCUGGCUUCUCUAAGAAGCAAAGGGCUCAAGAGUAAGCACCUGACCCCCAGUUCCCCAAGAGUAGUAGAUUCAUUUGGUCUAUAGCCAUCCUGAGAAACUGACCUCUUAUUCCAUCCUUUUACUAUUUAGCCAAGCUUUCUGAAUCUUGGUGGGUGAGGAAAGGAAAGAUUUUAUUUUCUCCAUGUCUCUUAGAAAAUUCCUCUGGAUACCUCCACCCCUGCAAAGAAAAAUGUGGUGAGCUAGUCCUUUAGGGGAAUGUCCCAUAUCUUGCCAGCAUGCUGGGGCAGGUAAAAGAGCAGAUUUGCCCUUUCUAGUUUUCUCUUGUUUAAUUUUUUUUUAAACUUCGAAUCUAUUAACAGAAAAUUUAAAACAAAUAGAAUAAUGUAAUGAAUCCCCAUGUCCCAUCACCAAGCUUCAGCAAUGAUCAACUCAUGGCCAGUUCCUUGAUAUAUCCAGUAUAUGUUCACUUAACCCAGAUAUCCUACAAAAUUUUCCAUAACUUGUAUCUGGGUCCAGUUAUGAUCAGUUGUGGUUGGUUCAUGCAUCUUGUCUUAAAAUCCAUACAUUUCCCCUCAGCGCUCACUUUUGUUGAGGACCUGGAGUUCUGUAGUUUCCUGUUAGAAGUUACCUGUUGUAUCCCCCAGGGUCACUUUGUUCCUCUUUGUAUUUCCUGUAAAAUGGUUAUUAAAAGGAGAGGAACCGUAGUUUUUAAACCUUUAAAUAUCAGGAAUGUUUCCUCAUUGUGGCCAUACUUAAUCAAUAACGAUGAAUGGAUAAAGAUGUAAUUUUAGGUGCCAAUUUUAGAGCCCCAAGUUGGAAGAAUAUUUAUCUAAAAUAUCAAACAGUAGCGUCAUGUAAGGACAGAAUCCUAACUUCUACCUGAGGAAUCUGAAUAGAAAUAUCCUUCUACUGACACUGAGAUUCAUGGUGCAGGAAAGCCUGCUGUGGGUGUAGGUCGGGAAUAAAUACCAUGAACUUCUACCGUC